AGAGAGAGAGAGAGAGAGAGAGAGAGAGAGAGAGAGAGAGGGAGAGAGAGAGAGAGAGAGAGAGAGAUGGGAGACGUUAACGAGGAGAAGGAGAGGAGCGUUUGCGUUAGCGGCGAGAAAACGCGCGUUUUGGUGGUGGGAGGGACAGGAUACAUAGGGAAGAGGAUAGUGAGGGCGUGUUUGGCGGAAGGGCACGAGACUUACGUUUUGCAGCGUCCGGAGAUCGGACUGGACGUAGAGAAAGUGCAUCUCCUCUUCUCUUUCAAGAAACUUGGCGCCAAACUCGUUGAAGCUUCGUUUUCCGACCACCAGAGUCUUGUCUCCGCCGUGAAACUCGCCGACGUUGUCAUCUCCGCCAUGUCCGGCGUCCACUUCCGCUCCCACUGCAUCCUCCUCCAGCUCAAGCUCGUCCAAGCCAUCAAAGACGCCGGCAACGUUAAGCGAUUUUUACCGUCGGAAUUCGGGAUGGAUCCAUCCCGGAUGGGGAAUGCACUCUGGCCGGGAAGAGAAACAUUUGACGAGAAAAUGGAAGUGAGAAGAGCGAUAGAGGCCGCCGGAAUCCCCCACACGUACGUGCUCGGAGCUUGCUUCGCCGCAUAUUUCGCCGGAAACCUCUCCCAAAUGGAAACCCUAAUCCCUCCGAAGGAGAAAGUCAAUAUCUACGGCGACGGAAAUGUAAAAGUUGUGGUUGCGGAUGAAGACGAUAUCGCAACGUACACGGCUAAAACGAUAAACGAUCCUCGGACCGAAAACAAGACCGUUUGUGUUAGACCUCCGGACAAUGUCCUCACGCAAAUCGAAUUGGUUCGGAUUUGGGAGAAGCUAACCGGAAAGGAACUAGAGAAAACACAUAUUCCUGCCGAUGAUUUUCUUGCCGGCAUGAAACAUUCGGACAAAGCACAACAAGCGGGGAUAGGGCAUUUCUAUCACAUAUUCUACGAAGGUUGUCUUGCAAAUUAUGAAGUCGGAGACGACCAAGAGGCUUCUAAGCUUUAUCCGGACGUGAAGUACACGCGCAUGGAUGAUUACUUGAGAAUGUUCCUAUAAUAUAUAUACAUAUAUAUAUAUAUAUAUAUAUAAACACAUAAAUCAAAAUCAUUUAUAUCCUUUUCUGUUUUUAUUUAUCUUCCUUUGUCGUGUUGUUUGUUUGACUAAUGUAUAAUUAAUAUAUACAGUGAUGCAAUAAAACUGUGUUAUAAUUU